AAUAUAAUUAUUUCCCGUGGAAGUUGGAGCAGAGCGGGUUCUCUCUCUUUCUCUCUGUCCAUAGAUGCUGCUGGUUAUUUGCAGCCGCACGGGGUCUCCAGCAGCGGGGUUGUUUUGGUCUUUGGACUGUUUUGUGCCGAGUAGCCGAGGGCUGUGGACGGGAGGGGAGGGGAAGGGAAGGGAGCCGAGGACACGGCUGCAGUGAGCGGCCUCGCCGCCCAGCGACGCCACAGGCCGGGCCAUGGCGGUGCGGAGCAGGCAGCGGGCGGGAGGCAGGAGGCCGCCGGCGGACGGGGGCCCCGGGGCGGCCGGAGACAGCAGCCGGGCGCCGCGGGAGGAGUGCGGGGCGGAGGACAAGAGCCAGGAGAGCAGGAACGGGCAGUCAGUGAAGGUGUGGGCACCUGAGGGAUCAACGGCCUUCAAGUGCCUCAUCUCUGCACGGUUCUGCGCCGCAUUACUCAGCAACCUCUCCGACUGCGAUGAAACCUUCAACUACUGGGAGCCCAUCCAUUUUCUGUUGUAUGGAACGGGAUUCCAGACUUGGGAAUAUUCUCCGGUGUACGCUAUUCGUUCUUACGCUUACCUAUGGCUCCACGUUUUACCUGCCUGGUUCCAUGCCAAAAUCUUGCAAACCAACAAGGUACUUGUCUUCUAUUUCUUGCGAUGUCUCUUAGCCUUCUUCUGCUGUGUUUGUGAGCUGUACUUUUACAAAGCCGUUUGCAAGAAGUUUGGUCUCCACGUGGGGCGACUGAUGUUGGCGUUCUUGGUUUUGAGUACGGGAAUGUUCUGCUCCGCUGCGGCCUUGCUUCCCAGCAGCUUCUGCAUGUACACCACACUGAUCGCCAUGACGGGCUGGUUCACGGAGCGGGACGCGGUGGCGGUGCUGGGCGUGGCGGCCGGAGCCAUCGUCGGAUGGCCCUUCAGCGCCGUCCUUGGGCUGCCGAUAGCAUUUGACCUGCUGAUACUGAAGAGGAAGCUGCAGAGUUUUAUUACCUGGGCAGUUGUGGCGCUCCUGGUUUUCCUGCUCCCUCUGGUGGUGGUGGACAGCUACUACUACGGGCGACUGGUGGUGGCUCCGCUGGGCAUCAUUGUCUACAAUGUCUUCACCCCCCACGGCCCCGACAUCUACGGUACUGAACCCUGGCCGUUUUACUUCAUCAAUGGCUGCCUGAAUUUCAACGUGGUGUUUGUGUUGGCGCUCUGUGCCCUGCCUUUAACCACCCUCAUGGAAUUCCUGCUGCAAAAAUUCAACGUGCACAACCUUGGCCGUCCGUACUGGCUGACCCUCUCGCCCAUGUACAUCUGGAUCCUGAUCUUCUUCACUCGGCCACACAAGGAAGAACGUUUCCUCUUCCCCAUCUACCCGCUCGUCUGCCUCUGUGGGGCCGUGGCUCUCUCUGCGUUGCAGAAAUCUUAUCAUUUCCUGUUCCAACGAUAUCGGCCGGAUCACUACACUGUCUCCUCCAACUGGCUGGCUUUGGGCACAGUCACCCUGUUUGGAUUCCUGUCUCUCUCUCGCUCGGUGGCUUUGUUCAGAGGUUACCAUGCUCCACUCGACCUGUACCCAGAGUUCCACCGGAUAGCGACUGACCCGACCAUUCACACGGUACCCGAGGGGCGGCCAAUCAACGUUUGCGUUGGAAAGGAGUGGUAUCGCUUCCCCAGUAGCUUCCUCCUCCCCGACAAUUGGCAGCUCCAGUUCAUCACUUCAGAGUUUCGAGGGCAGCUCCCCAAGCCCUUUGCCAAAGGACACAAAGCAACUCAAACCUUGCCCACAGAUAUGAAUGACCAAAACCGCGAGGAACCAUCACGAUAUGUGGACAUCAGGCAGUGCCAUUACCUGGUCGACCUUGACACGGAAUUCGAGACUCAGCGGGAGCCCAGGUACGCCGCAAAUAAAGACGACUGGAUGGUCGUAGCCUACAAACCAUUCCUAGAUGCCACGAGAUCGUCAAAGGUACUCCGUGCUUUCUACGUCCCCUUCCUAUCCGAGCGGUACACGAGGUACGCAAACUACACCAUUCUGAAACCCAAACGGCCGAAGGCAGCGCGGAGGAAGAUGGGACGUUAGGACAAUACAGCUGGAAACAAGAGGAAGGGAGGACAUUCGACCAGAGACAAAGACAUCGGUGUCCUUUUGACUUGUCUGUGCUCUGUAUCAUCCCAGUCAACUCAUUGAUGUUUACAUUUCCUGCUGCUCCUGUAUUACUGUGUCCACUGUGCAGACUGACCUUUUCCAUCUGUUUGCUGAGGGUUGUUGGCAGUGGGGCAAAUCUCUGACCUGCCCACCACACCUCACCAAUAUUGAAAGUGCAUUCCACAAACCAAAUAUUAAAAUGUGUCUGUCCACUCACCCUCACUGCAGCUUAAAUAUCUUCCUCUCUCACCUGCCUUUUCAUCUAUGGCAUUUGGCCAACAAUCUGC